ACCGAGCAGAAAGAGGAAACUUCCGCACUUUGGCGGAGGCGAUUGUCCAAAACCUUCGAAGUUUCCGAGUCGCAACGUUAUGGAAGCGAACAGUCUCGAUCAAACUGGCGGGACUGGAGAUUGUAAAGGCGGCCAAGAGAAAGUCUCCAAUGUCUUGACUGAGCUGCGUCUUGUGGUUGUGGGCUGGAGGUGGCCCGGCAAGAGCCUGACAGCCAACACCAUUUUGGGCCGGGAGGAGUUCCGCUUGGAGCGUGCGGCCGAGUUCUGCGUGACCAGGCAGACGGAGGCGCAAGGUCGGCAGGUGACGGUGGUGGACACGCCCGGCUGGUACUCCACGCAGACCACGCCGCCGUCCUACAAGAAGGAGAUCACCCGAGGAGCCACUCUGUGCCCGCCCGGCCCGCACGCCUUCCUGCUGGUCAUCCCCGUCGGCAUGUUCACCGAGGUGGACCGCGCCCGCAUUGAGGAGCACGUGGGCCUGUUUGGCGAGCGCGUGUGGCGGCACACCCUGGUGGUGUUCACCUGGGCCGAGGUGCUGCGGAAGAUCUCCAUCGAGAGGUACAUCCGCCGCGAGGGCGCCGAGCUCCAGUGGGUCCUGGAGAAGUGCAAGCACAGGUACUUUGUCAUCGACAACUGCGUGUUCGAAGAGCAAGCUCAGGUCGGACGCUUGAUGGAGAAAGUGGAGAAGAUGGUCGCCGACGAAGGCGGCCACUACCACCCGGACCAGGAGGAGGCCGACCCGCCGCCGACCCCCCUGGAUGAGAACCAGAACCCCACCAGGGAUGCGCGGGAUCUGGGUGCCAAGCCCAAACUCGCCUCUGACGUGACUUUACCCCAAGAGGCGCCGCCGCUUUCCACCGAGUGACGCUAACGUUGGGUUAGCAACGCUAUGUUGUUAGCACUGUUGUCACUUUGUCUUUCUGAUCACAAUAUUAGGGACAGAAAAAGACAUGGACCAAAAUGUCAUCCACUUCUUUUAUUUCUUGUUGUACUUCACCAAGAUGUCCGUCGGGCUACAUUGUGGUGGUCUACAGCAAGGAACGUCUUUGUCGUGAUAAACAGUUGGUGCCUUUAGUUUCGCUAGAGCCCAAUCAGCAUUCUUCGUGAAAAGACUAAACGUUUUGCACUGAUUUGACGGAGAAUGUUGUUGAAGAGUGGUUCUCAAAUAAAUACCACCAUGGCUCUCCAAGUACCGCCUUAAUGACCAGCAUCCAAAUACAGUAGCGCAGUAGGCCUACGUGUUCAUCAAAAACACGGUCGAGGUUUUCUUUAACGAGUACAUUUAAUAUUAGCCACUGACUUGAACACUAACACCGUGUUUGAAUAUAGGAAAGUCAAACUUAAAUUAACCUCUAAAGCAGGCCUGGGCAAUUAUUUUGACUCAGGGGCCAAAUUUAGAGAAAAAAAUGUGUCUGGGGCCGGUGUAGCUAUUUUUAGGAAGACUAAUACAAAACCUCACAAUAAUGUCUGAUUGAAUGCUAAAAACGUUAUGACAGACCGCCUUAAAGAAAGGAAUGGAAUUUUUUUUUUUUUUACUGAAUGACACACCCAGAAUGUACAUGAAAAUAAAGAAUGUGGGAUUUACAAUAUUAACUAUGAACGAUAAAACACUGAAUAUUGACAACACUCUCCGUCGACAUAUUUUACAAUCAAGCGAAAUGCAACAAAACAGCGAAAUAUGAACGCGAAGGGUACAAAUAAUCCAACCUACAAUCUGACAUAUCUGAUAUAUCUCUAAACUUUAGAACUUUGUUGUGAAAAUCUCCUUCCGCGUCUGUCCCUGACACCCGAAUUUCAGGCUGACACUCUGGAAACACUGUGUGGAAACGCUCCUCCACCAACAAUGCUUGGUGCCUGCUGUGACCUAGAUUACCAUAGUAACUAGAAUAUAUAAAUAAAUCGAAAUCGAAUAUCAUGCAAAAGCGCAGAUUCCAACCAUUGAAAUACUUUGUAUAGUUCAAGACAUACGGUCAUUUGAAAACAUUUGGGAAUGUCCGGCGGGCCAGAUUGAAAAGCUUAUGUUAAUUAAGGCCCCCGGGCCUUAAUUUGCCCAGGUCUGCUCUAAAGGCUUAGUGGCCACAUGCGUGGACAGCACCUUUUAGCUCUUAUUUCCAAAAUUGUGUACACUACUGAAUUGGGGUCUUAUGGCCACUUAUGUGGACACUUAUAUUGCCAUCUGGUGGUGUCAGAAGAGUAUAACAUACAAUGGAAUUUGGGGGAAAAAAAGGUGUAAAAAUAAGAAUUAGCAUGUCACUAAACAUGAAGUACACGUUUGUGUACUUAUGGACUAAGUACAUCAUAUAAAAAGAUGAUUCUUAGUUUGUAUUCUAAUUAGGGUCCAAUAAGCCCAAAUAGCAAAGAGAAAUAAAAUAAAAAAGCAUGUAAACAAACAGCUUGGGCUUUAAGAGGUUAAGUGAUUCUUUGGCCCGAGCACCACCGGUUUGAGAAUCACUGUUCUAGAAGUUCUUCAACUCUGACAAAUUGUGUCUCUAUUCUGUGCUUUGUAAUGUUUUAUUGAGGGUUUGAACGGGGGGGUGAAAGCAACACAACUUAAAGUCAAAGAAACUGUUACAUGACGUUCACGAACAUAACGUGUAAAAUGAAUUUUUUGGGGUACUGUUCGAGUCCUGCAUUCCGUUCAGCCAAGACCUGGCAGUGGACUGAUUGGGUGUUACUGUAGAAAGGUGACCAAAUACUAAAUAAACGCACUUAAAAGUGA